UGUAACCCUCUGACAUUUCAACGCAGAAAGAAAUUUCUUAAGCGAGAGGGAUAAAGCCAUUUCAAAUUAUGACGUCAGGGUAUCACGAUCACUUUUUGCCAAGCUAAUGAGCAGGGUUACAAUUUUCAAUAUUAGGAAUAUCAAUAACAACUCCGAACUAAGCCCAUUUGACACUUUUUUUUUUCUCUUUUUUUCCCUCUUCAACACAUUUCCUUCCGUUGAUCAUCAAACCCCCCUUCUUUUCCCUUUCUCCUUCUACAAACGCUAAAUGUGGCCUUUCAAAGCUCGCUAUGGCUACAACCGCUUAUCUGCUGCUACUGUCGCACGUCCCAACCGUCGCUUGAUUAUCUCUUUAUCAAAGUGGACGGCUGGUAUAUUGCUGACCGCCUUGGUCAUCUUCUUUUCCGUUUGCCAGUUAGAACUUAACCUCAGAGUCUACUUAAGAAACUGGAUAUCACACGCAGUGCCUGAAAAUAGUUCGUACAAGCAAGGCUACACAGAAUACGCUUAUGACGUUGCGCCUGGAAUAUCAUUACUGCAAGAUUACGAUUGUUACGAUUUCGCUGCUACUAUCCAACCUCGUCCAGCACUUCGAGCUCCUGGUGAAAAAAUCAUUUAUCAUGCGUAUUGGAGAGCUGAUUUGGUGCCUAUGGGAGACAAACAACUGGCAACCCUACGCUCCUUUUUUGCAACACAGGAUACUAACAGUACUAUUCUGUAUUUGUGGAGUAACGGCGACCUCUCGGAAUCUUGGGUUGUGAAGGAAGUUCUAAAGUAUCAACCAGAACGCUUCAAACUCUUUUUAUACGACUCGAAGGAGGUUGCCAAGGGUUCGCCCAUGGAAGGAUCGUCUCAUUUAGAUUUCCACGAUAAGCACGCAUACCUCGAUGGUGACUUGAUUCGAUUACUAGUCCUUUACAAGUUUGGUGGUAUGUGGUUUGACAUGGACUCUCUAUUCAUCCGAGACAUGAGCCCUCUUUUUGAGCGUGAGUGGCUCCAACAGUGGGAUUGCUUCUUGCCCAACGGCUUCCCAUUCAACGGUGCCUUCAUGAGAUUCCGUCAAAACUCACCUUACGUCUGUGAAAUGCUGGCAGAGAUGGCAAAUGGCCCACUUCCACGCAAGGAUAACAUCGACUGGGGUGGUUUCUUGUAUUAUCGCAUUUAUCGUCGUCUUUUACACAACGGCAUCAAACCCUGGGCUGUCAUGCCUUGGUGUUUCACCGAUUCAGUCCUGUGCGCACCCUCCAACUCUAUGCCCAACGCUUUUGUAGAAGCAGAAUUCCCCACUGAACGAUUGCUACAGACCUUUGCUUUCCACUGGCAUAAUCAGUGGAGCAAGAAACCUGGAUCUCUUUUCAAAUUCUUGGAAGGCCGUCAUAAGAAUGUCACCGGAUGGUAGAAUGGAUACUUUUAUUUGGUCGUCGUUUUGUAUUGUUAUCUAAUCUGGUGGAACUGUCUACUGCCCCAUAGAGCAAGCAGUUUAUUGCAUCGUAUUUUUUCUCAUGUACUUGUAAAUCAAAAAACCCCCUCACCUCCACCAUGUUUCAUCUGCUUUUUCUCAUAAUUCCUUCUACGGUUACUAGCCCAAAUUAAUCUGCUCUUGAACGACAUGAAAAAAAUAUAUAUUUUAACCCUUUAUAUAUUCUUUUUUAUGCUGUUCAGUCAAAAGGUAUAAGAAGUAGCGUAUGUUUGCCCAAUAUACUGGUAUUCCCCCAUUGAUAUUCAUGAUCAUUGUUCAAACC